GACGCCGCCGCCUUAAGCUUUGGCCGGAGAUGGAAUCUGUAGAAGCCGUAGAGAAGAUCUUAAACUACACUUUCACUGACAAGAAUCUUCUCAAAGAAGCUAUAACAAAAACCUCUGGUAGUAAUACUGAAUCAUCGUCUUUAUUAUUCGAACGACUUGAGUUCCUCGGCGAUUCAGUUCUUCUAGUCGUCUUCUCCAAUCACAUCGAAAUCACUUACCCUAAUCUCCAUCCCAACGAUUUAAACGAUGUACGAAUUGCAAACGUAAGUAACGAGACUUUCGCUCGUGUCGCCGUCAACAACAACCUCCACCAAUUCAUUAUAUUCGAGGCUCCAAAUCCUCUUCUACAUAAAAUGAUUAAAGAUUUCUCAGAGGCGGUGAAGGAAGAAGUUUAUCCAGCUCCGUUUGGUGGAUUGGUGAAAGCUCCAAAAUUUCUUGCUAAUCUUGUGGAAGCAAUAGCUGGAGCUGUUUAUAUUGAUGUGGAUUUUGAUGUGCAAAGAGUUUGGGAGAUCUUUAGGGUUCUUGUGGAGCCAAUAUGUACAUUGGAUGAUUUACGGAAGCAACCUGAACGAACAUAUCUUAGGCUUUUAGGUUUGGGUGAUAAACUCGGAAAGCGAAUCGAAGUCUUGUAUACCAAAGCCAAAGAAGGAACCAAUAUACAUGUUUUUAAGGUCUAUCUUGGUGAUCUACUUAUAGCUUGUGGGAGUUCUUACAAUAUAGAUGUUGCAAAGCUGAACGCUGCUAAUAAAGCGUUACAUGAGCUGUCGAAAAUUACGCCCAUUGAAAAGAUUGUUGAUGAGGAUAGUCUACGUGUUGAACCUGAAGAUGUGAAAAGGGAGUCGCUUGAGAUUUGUUCUGCUGAAAAACUCCGAUUACCGACUGUAUCAUCUUCUUUACCCACCGCCUCCAAGAACCCUUUAACCAAUGAAAUGACACAAGAACAAAUGGUUAUUGAUGAGGAUAGUCCACAUGUUGAACUUGAAGAUGUGAAACGGAAGUUGUUUGAGAUUUGCUCCCCUGAAAAGCUCCGAUUACAGACUGAAUCAUCUUCUUUGCCCACUGCCUCUGAGAACCCUUUAGAACAAACGGUUAUUGAUGAGGAUAGUCCACAUGUUGAACCUGAAGAUGCGAAAGGGAAAUUGACUGAGAUUUACUCUACCAGAAAGCUCCAAAUACAGACUGGAUCAUCUUCUUUGCCCACUGCCUCUCCGAACCCUUUAACCUAUGAAAUGACAAUAAAACAAAUGGUUGUUGAGGAUGGUCAAGAAGAAGAAGCUAAAGAUAUGACACUGGAGUUGUUUCAGAUUUGCGAAAACAAUAAGUGGCCGAACCCGAUUUUCAGUUUUGAGGAAGAAAGAGGGCCAAAAAAUGAGCAGAAAUUUGUUUGUUCAGUUAAUAUUGAGAUCCCAUCUGUAGAAAGUAGCUUUCACAUGAAGGGAGAUGCAAAAUCAACGAAAACGCAAGCACAAAACUCCUCCGCCUACUAUAUGAUCGGAGCCUUGAAAUCUUCACUAAUGAGUCAUGUCAAAAAGAAAAGUUUAGAUGAGAAAAUCUCCUCUAAUGAGUCUUGCCUGCCACAUGAAAGGAGCCUUGAAAUCCUCAGCUCAGAGAUUGAGUCUGAUUCAGUGAAAGCUGUGGAGAAGAUCCUGAAUUACAGUUUCACUAACAAGAAUCUUCUGAGAGAAGCGCUAACACACAACUCUUCUAAUUUACUGCCAGUUCAGCGGCUUGUGUUCAUCGGCAAGGCGGCUAUUUCUCUCGCCUUCGCGAAUCACAUGUACCUCACGUACCCUAAGCUCGGACCAAAGGAGUUGACUAUGUUGCAAAAUGCAAAUACAUGUAACGACAGAUAUGCUCGUGUUGCUGUCAAGCGCGGCAUCUACCAAUUCCUUAAAUGCAAUGUUCCUAAGUUAGAAAGACAGAUUAUCGAGUUCAUAAAGAUGAUGGGCAAAGAAGAUGACCCAGAUCCAUUCAGAUCUGUGAAAGCCCCAAAAAUACUCACUGACCUUGUAGAAUCUGUAGCUGGAGCUGUGUAUAUUGAUGUGAAUCGUGAUGUUAAAAGACUCUGGGAGAUCUUGAGGGGUCUUUUCGAGCCAAUAUAUACACUGGAUGAUAUACGGCGGAAACCUCAUCCACUUCUUACCCUUUUUUGUUUGGGAUAUAAACACGGCAAGCGAAUCGAGUUCAGGUAUCGUGAGUGUGAGAAGAGUUCAGGUAUGAACGAAGCCACUAUUACUGAGGUAUAUGUCGAUGAUAAAUUUAUAGCUUGUGGGAAGAGUUGUAAUAGAGCUGCCUCAAAGAUGAGAGCUGCUACGAUGGCGUUAGAGAAGUUGUCAGAAAGUAUGCCCAUUGAAUUGGUUAUGGAUGACAGCAUUGAAUAUGAAAAUUCAAAAAAGACGUUGAUUGAGAUUUGCAACGAGAGAAAGUGGCCGAACCCGAUUUUCAGUGUUGAGAGGUCUUGUAAAGGAUUUGUUUCUUCAGUUACGAUUGAGACUCCAACUGAAGAAGGUACCUUAUACAUCGAGGGUGAUUUGGAAAAAGGGAAAAAGAAAGCAGAAUACAACGCAGCCUCUCACGUGGUAAGAACUCUGAAAGCUUCUCCGUUGGGUCUUGUCGUAAGGAAUCUGAAGAGGAAGCAGAUAAGUUUAGAUGAGGAAGAGAUUGUUGUCAAAGAAAAUAAAGAUGAGCAAGAGAUUUUGCAUCGAAACAAGAGGAAGAGGAGGAGGCGAUGAUAGAUUUAUUUAAGUUUUUUGGUAUUUCUCUUUUGUGCAGUUUACAAAAGUAAUUUCUGAAGCUUAUUUGGAUUUGCCUUUAGCCAUUUUUAUUUACCGCUUCAAUUUGUUAGUGCUAAUUUAUGUAGAUUAAUCAGAGUUAUACUCUUUAUAUCCGUUUUCUGUUAGAUCACAAAAGUAAAUUUUGAGGAUUUGG